CAACCUCGUGCUUCCUCUCUCCUUCCGUUCACCGAACCCGCCUCGCUUUUCAGGGGCAGAGAGAGAGAGAGAGAGAGAGAGAGAGAGAGAGAGAGAGAUUAGGCGAUGGCGGUGAAGGCGAAGAUCGCGCCGUCGAUGCUGUCGUCGGAUUUCGCGAAUCUGGCGUCGGAGGCGGACAAGAUGGUCCGAUUCGGAGCCGAUUGGCUCCACAUGGACAUCAUGGAUGGGCACUUCGUCCCCAAUCUAACAAUUGGAGCUACAGUCAUUGAGAGCCUGCGGAAGCACACCAAGGCAUAUUUGGACUGCCAUCUUAUGGUUACAAAUCCUCUAGAUUAUGUGGAACCAUUGGCAAAGGCUGGUGCAUCAGGCUUCACAUUCCAUGUUGAAGUGGCCAAAGAAUAUUGGCAAGAGCUUGUUGACAGGAUUAAGACUAGGGGCAUGCGACCUGGUGUUGCAUUGAAGCCAGGGACUCCUGUUGAAGAGGUUUAUCCAUUGGUUGAAGGAGAAAAUCCUGUAGAAAUGGUCCUUGUUAUGACAGUGGAACCUGGUUUUGGUGGUCAAAAGUUCAUGCCAGAAAUGAUGGACAAGGUACGCUUGUUGAGAAAGAAGUACCCUUCCCUUGAUAUCGAGGUGGAUGGUGGCUUGGGUCCUUCAACCAUUGAUAUGGCAGCUUCAGCAGGAGCAAACUGUAUCGUAGCAGGAAGUUCGGUAUUUGGAGCUGCAGAGCCAGCCCAAGUCAUAUCUAUUUUAAGGAAGAGUGUGGAAGUAGCUCAACAGAACAGUUAACAUACUCAAAUAGUUGAAUUGUGUCAUAGAAAUCCAAUCUACAGAAAAUAUCCAUCCAAAUAAAAUCAUUACAGACAAAAGCAGCAUAUGUAAUGCAUUGUCAGUAGGCUUCCGAAUGGAGGAUUUUAAAGGUGGCCUACUGCAGGAUUAUGCCUUGUCUUAUUUAGUUUUCAUCCGCAAACUUUUUUUUUAAAAAACUUUCUAGAUAUUGGAGAUGGGGGUGAUUUUUAAAAGUUGAAUAGAAAAUUAUGAAGAGCAGAUUGCGGAUAUAGAA